AUAACGACACAUUACCAUGAUCGACACAGUUCAGUUGAAGAGAAAACACUGCACGCAUUUACUGAAAUAAGGAGAUAAAAAAUGGCAGAACCACCUCUUAGUGCUGAAUCGGACAAAGGAGCAGGAGAUGAGGAUGCAAAGAGUGUACAGAGUGCUGGCAGUAAACCAGCAUCCAAAUCCCCGUCCAGGGUGGGAUCAGCACAUUCGCAUGAAAGUGGCAACAACAGCACAGCCAGUAAGGACAAGGGCCCUAACAUAAUCCCCUCACCAGUGGAUUUAGGGAAGGACAACCCAGCUGCAGACUGGCGUAACAUGCGACGAAUCAUUGCUGAAGAUCCAGAAUGGUCACUGGCAACAGUGCCUCUUAUGGUGGAGUUAUGUGUCAAACACAUAGUGCAAAACUUUGAGAAUAAUUCACAAAUCCUAAAUAGUUUACUGGAUAAACAUAAAGUGAAAGUUUUGGAGAAAAUAUCCACUGAUAUUCCACUAAAAGUUACUGCAAACUUAGUUGAGGAUGAAGGAUAUUGGAAAAGAUGUUGCAAAGCCAGGUGGGAAAUAUGUGAUGUGUCUGCUUAUGCGGACAGCUGGAAGCGAAUGUACUUCGAAAGAAAUUUGCAAGCAAUUAUUGAGCACUUUGUACCAGGAACAACAGAUCCAACAAUCUUAAAUGAAACUCUCGAUUUAUCAUCUCGGUAUGUCAAAAAACUGGACAUUCGUCAGCUCCUUCCUCCUGUCAGAGAGACUCCGAAAGGACCAGAUUUUGAUGAUGCCUCAGAUGCAGGAAGUGAUGCAGGUGAUGAACUGGAGUGUGACCAUUUUAAUUUCACACCAAUAUGUCCCAAACUACCAUUCUUAGAAGAGUUACACCUAACAUAUGGAGUGAAGGAUUGUGGAAUGAACUUUGAGUGGAAUCUGUUCCAGUUCACAGCCAGGGACUGUCUUCAGUUGGCCCAGUGUGUAGCCGCCUGUAAAACUCUCAAAGUCUUUAAGCUGCACAGAAGUAAAGUAGAUGAUGACAAAGUGCGAGUGUUAAUCAGUAAUAUUUUAGAUCACCCCUCUCUGGUAGAAUUAGAUCUCUCUCACAACACCAUCUCUGACAGGGGAGCCAGAGCGGUGGGGAAGUUUAUUAACAACCACAGUCAGCUGGUUAAACUGAACCUCUGUGACAAUGCUAUCAGAGCUGCUGGAGCCCAGGCUAUUGCUCACGCCCUCACCAAAAACACCACACUAAAAGUGCUCAAUCUUCGGCUCAACCGGCUCGGGGACGAAGGAGGACAGGCCAUCUGCCGAGCUCUGCUCAAAAACAGCACCCUGACAGACCUCAACAUGGCCAGUAAUGACAUGGCGGAGCCAACUGCUGCUAUACUGUCACAAGUUGUGGCCCAAAACACUACAAUUACCUCCCUUGACCUGUCUUGCAACAGACUUGGACCUGACGGUGGCAAGCAACUCCAGGAAGGGAUGGAUGAAAACUCGGUUAUAACCAUAAUGGAUCUGCGGUUGACGGAAUGUGGCCAGGAAGCAGAAUACUGUAUCAAUCAGAUUCUUAACCGUAACCGAGAGCAGGAACGGGAGAGACGGCUAGCUGAGAAUGCCCAGACCAAGAAACACAGCUCUGCCAUCAAAGCCCCUGGCUUGCCUCAGGCCUAACCACUACCUUUAGACCUGAUUGAUUUGACAAACACGCUCCUUGAGUGACUAGGGGCUGUCAAAAUAUUCAGUUUAGCUGUACAUCUUCCGAGAGUUUCCUACCUUAAGGACAGCUUGAGAUUUUCAUUGAUCUUAAAAUUACGCUACUCCUCACGACAAAUAACUGAAUCCUAAUCAUGUAAAUAUUUGAUCUACACUUGUUUUUUUUUUGUAAUUUUUUUUUCUUUUGUGGUUGUGAGUAGUUUCACGGUUGAUGAGAGUUUGUUGAGGGAAGCUACAUGACAUGUUGCAAUUCUUGAGGGUUGAUGAUUUAUUUUGAGCUGUGAUAUAUGAACAAUUUCACCCAGUGAGUGAAAUUUUUAUUACACUAUCAGGUAUUGGGAACAGGACGAAUUUAUAUAACAUGUCAAAAUUUAUAUUCUAUAAAGUUAUGCUGCAGCAAAAGUUUUGUUAUUGUUUAAUAUAUUUAUGUAUAAAAAUUAAUUUGUAAGUUUGCAUUGUUAUCCUUACAUAUACAUGGAACUGUAUAUGUAAGGAGUAUGCAAUAAAAUGACCUAUGCUAUUCACAGUGCUGACUCCUAUUUUCUAUUUCCCUUAUAAAAGGGCGGAGGUCAGU